CCUUAGAGAGAAAAAGAGAGGAACCAAACAGAAGAAGAAAAAGAGGGGCGUUGACCUCUUGACCUUACAAACGUCAACUGCCAAUUUGCAUCAUCAUGGACACAGACACUGGCCUCAAUCAUACAAACGGCUCCUCACAGCAUCAAGACACAGAGUUGUUCUCGCCUGAAGAAGACAGCAGUCUCUACUUCACCUACAGUGGAGGGUGCAAUGAGCUGGAGGUCAACAACCUGCACUAUGAGGUGGACACAGCGGCUCAGAUCCCCUGGUACGAGAGGUUGUCAGAGUUCAAGUUGCCAUGGGAGAUAAAAGGAAACAAGCAGACAGCCAUCAACAAGCUCAGCCUCCGAGUCCACAGCGGUCAGAUGCUGGCCGUCAUUGGCAGCUCAGGUUGUGGUAAAACAUCUUUGCUGGACAUAAUAACAUGUCGUGAUGAGGGCGGUAAAAUGACGUCCGGCCAGGUUCUGAUCAACGGGAAACCGAACACGCCCCAGCUGGUGAAGAAGAGCAUCGCUCAUGUCCGCCAAGACGACCGCCUUCUUCCUCACCUCACCGUCCGUGAAACUCUGGUCUUUGUUGCCAAACUGAGGCUCCCCACCCACUUUACACAGGCUCAGAGGGACCAGAGGGUGGAUGAUGUCAUCGCAGAGCUGCGGCUGCGACAGUGUGCUCACACCAGGGUGGGAAACGACUAUUUGAGGGGUGUUUCUGGGGGAGAGAGGAGGAGAGUCAGUAUAGCUGUCCAACUUCUCUGGAACCCCGGUAUUUUGAUCCUGGACGAGCCCACGUCAGGUUUGGACAGCUUCACAGCCCACAACCUGGUGAUCACACUGUCCCGCCUGGCCCGGGGAAACCGUCUGGUCCUGCUAUCGGUCCACCAGCCUCGUUCAGAUAUCUUCCAGCUCUUCGACCUCGUCGUCCUGCUGUCGUCGGGUUCAGCUGUUUACUGUGGCGCCGCUCGUGAUAUGGUGCCUUAUUUCACUGCCCUGGGAUACCCCUGCCCACGAUACUGCAACCCCUCUGACUUCUAUGUUGAUCUCAUCAGUAUAGACCGGCGCAGUCCGGAGCAAGAGGCUGAGUGUUUGGAGCGAGCCACAGUUCUGGCUGAGCAGUUCAUGGAAAAGGUCCGAGACACAGACGAUCACAUGUGGAAACCGGCUGGGAUCGACACGGCACCGACACAAACUGAAAGCCCUCAGCAGCUGAGCAGGGUAAAAGGAGAAGAAGUAAUCACUAUUUCCAACCAAAGAAACAGACUGCCUGGCAGACUACACCAGUUUACGAUCCUCAUAAGGCGUCACAUGUAUAAUGACUUCAGAGACCUGGUCACCUUAUUGGUCCACGGCUUCGAGGCGCUUCUCAUGUCACUGCUGGUCGGUUGUCUCUACUAUGGGGCAGGAGAAGAGCGUCUGUCCAUUCAGGACACAGUGGCCCUCCUCUACAUGAUCGGCGCUCUCACCCCAUUCGCUGUGGUGCUGGAUGUCAUUGCUAAAUGUCACACAGAGAGAGCCAUGCUGUACCACGAGCUGGAGGACGGCAUGUACUCUGUCACCUCCUACUUCUUCGCCAAGGUCCUGGGAGAGUUACCAGAGCACUGUGUGUUCACCUUGGUGUACGGCCUGCCCAUCUAUUGGCUGGCUGGGCUUAACGAGGCUCCGGAGCGUUUCCUGCUCAACUUCCUGCUGGCGUGGCUGAUGGUUUACUGCAGCCGAGCCAUGGCUCUGUUUGUAGCUGCUUCGCUGCCCACCCUGCAGACCUCAGCCUUCAUGGGCAACGCCUUGUUCACUGUUUUCUAUUUGACUGGAGGUUUUGUUAUCAGCCUGGAGAAUAUGUGGCUUGUGGCCUCAUGGCUCUCUCACGCCUCCUUCAUGCGUUGGGGUUUUGAGGGCAUGCUGCAGGUGCAGUUCAGAGGCAACAAGUACCCCGUCACCAUCAGUAACAUCACCAUCAAUGUUGACGGCAUACACGUGGUGGAGGCCAUGAACAUGAACCAGUACCCUCUGUACUCGUGCUAUCUGGUCCUGCUGGCGGUCUGUCUGGGCUUCAUGGUGCUCUAUUACUUGUCCCUAAAAUUCAUCAAACAGAAGUCCAGUCAAGACUGGUGAACACAUCUGGACCAGUUUCAACAAUCAGACCAAAAGCUGUCUGAAAUCACACACAACAUCAGGGGCAAGGUUUUACUUUGAAAGUGUUUUUUUUUUUGCAACAGUGGAAGGAAGUUGGGUUCUAGUUCGACUGGUUCGACACUGAGCCAUCGUCAUUUUACUGUUCUUAUUUUGAAUUUUUUAAAGUGAAAAAGUGUUUAAUUUAGGGGAGGAAAGCAAAAUAUGUGUUUUGAAUUUACAUUUUUACAAUAAUUUAAACAUCAGAAACUCCUGCACUCUUCUUGAUGGUAAAAACACAUGAAAUAAUCACCCUGGCACCUCAGUAGGGUGUAAAACGUCACCCUUCUUGAUGUGUUAAAUAUUUCCUAAAAGUGCAGCAAUUCCUGACAUCUCAACAUAUAAAUGGUGUUAACAGUUUAACUUGUGUUGGCAGUACCGCUGUCUGCUGCUGGAUGGCAGCAGAGCACUGCAGUAUCAUCAAACUUAGAAUGAUCCCCCCCCCAAUCCCUCUGUUCUCUGUCUUGGCAAAUGAUUAGAGCGCCACUUUGGCAGAUAUCCAUCUGCAGCUUUUGCUUGUUCCAUUUUCAAUCUUCUUUUUUUUCUACAGCUUUAUCUUUUUUGUAUAUGUAAGGUUAUUAAGCUUAACAAUGUGUGUGCCAGUAUAGGGAGCACUGCAGAAAAAAAAAAGCCUAGUAGAGAUGUAGUAAGUCACACUCUUACACAGAGCUCACACAGAGCUUGUACUUGUGUCCUCAUAGAUUGAAGAUUAUGUAAACUGUGUGUUUUUGCACUGGUGCAAAACCCUGAUAAAUAUUUUACUGACAUGGUUUGAGUCCAAAUUAGUAAAGUAUUAAAUCAAA